AAAGCAGACGAUUUUCAGAAACUAUUCGCGUAAGUUCUAUUCUGUAUUUAGGAGAAAUAUAUUUAUCACGAGUUUUUGUUCUUUUGCGUUAGGUUAACACAUGAUAAUCAGUUUUAAAAGUGUAAAAGGAUAAAAUUCUUUUCCUGAGAAAGAAUCCCAACCAAGGAAGAAGCAUACACAGGCUCAUUUAUGCUUAUGAAAGAGAAAAUGUUAGCGAGUGGCAGAUAUUUAAAUUCUUGUAAUUAGGAAGAAAAACGUAUCAAUUUUCUCCAUGAUAAGCGCUAUACAUUUCUUUCUAACUUUGCCUUUUAUAAGCGUUGGUCUGAAAAUUACAAGAUUUGAAGUACCCUCUUUAGUAGUUCCAGGGGAUUCAGCUAUUUUAACGUGUUUUUACGAUUUGGGAAAAGAAAAACUUUAUUCUGUCAAAUGGUAUAAAGAUAAAGUGGAAUUUUUCAGAUUCUUUCCGAGCCUUUCACCACAAUUCAUGUCCUUUCCAGUACAGGGAAUCAGUAUAGAUUUGUCAAAAUCAAGCCAGAAUACUGUGUAUCUCAGAAACCUUUCCUUAAAGAGUGAAGGACAGUACACUUGUCAAGUAUCAGCGGAUGAACCUUAUUUCGGUUGUGUACAAGUUCACAGAGAUGUCGUCGUGUAUAUACCACCAGAAUCGUCUCCCAGAAUAUCAGGGGAAGUGACAGAUUUCGGUGACAAUCUUACAUUGCAUUGCUCAUCAGCAAAAUCAAAACCAGCUGCAAAUCUUAGUUGGUACGUCAAUGACGUUUUAAUGGAUUCAGGAACAAUCCGUGGAACUCAAGAAGUCAUCCGCCACCCGGAUCAGCUGGAGUCUUCAUCAUCUUACAUCAAUAUCCCUCUCACAUCUCGCCAUCUUCCCCCGGGGGAUAUUCGACUCACAUGUACCGCGUCCAUUGCGGAUGUCGUCACUUCCGUCAGUGAGGAACUACUCAUCAGUCGACCUUUGCCAGAUCGUGUACUGGAAUUGAAAAACUCCAGUGAAAAAUCAUUUGUGAAGUUCACAUUCACUUUUUAUCAGUGUUUGUUGUUUGGAUUUUUGUACUUUAUCAUGUAGAUAAUUGACGUUUUUUCUCUUUGUGGGUUUUGUGCUCAAAUAAAUUGUUAAUCUCGUUGGUUGAU